AUGUGGGACUAUCUCUCAUUUGUUGCUGCAAGUCAUAAUAUGCCUUGGUUGAUUGCCGGGGAUUUUAAUGAGUUACUUACUACUGAUGAGAAGUUUGGUGGAGUUUUAGAGUGCAAAUCUGAAGGUUUUAGAAAUUGGGUUGAUGGUAAUGAGAUGAUUGAUUUGGGUUAUUCUGGACCUAAAUUUACAUGGAAUAAUAAGAGAGUAUAUGCAAGGUUAGAUCGAGCUAUUUGUAAUAUGCAAUGGAGAAGGUUAUUUCCUGAGGCUAAUGUUCAGCAUUUGCCUAGGACUACUUCUGAUCACAAUCCAAUUAAGAUUAAGUUGAGCUCUCGUUUUGUUGUUUCUCUGCACUUAAGGCCUUUUAGGUUUGAAGCAAUGUGGAUGCAACAUGAACAAUUCAAUGAGUUUAUUUCUAAUGUUUGGGGACAAGCUGUUGGAUCAGCCUUGGAUAAAACUUAUUAUUUGGUUCAGCCUCUAAAAGGUUGGAAUGUUAAUGUUUUUGGACAUCUUAAGAAGCGGAAGGCCUGUUUGUUGGCUCGUCUUAAUGGUAUUCAAAAAGAUUUGUGCAGGGGCUCAAAUACUUUUUUGAGUAAAUUGGAAAUUUCUUUGAUUGAGGAGUAUAAUUGUGUGCUGGAGCAAGAGGCUAUGUUAUGGAAACAAAAAUCCAGAUUACAGUGGCUUCAGGAAGGUGAUCGAAACACCAAAUUCUUUCAUCUUACUACUAUUAUUAGGCGGCGGAGGAAUAAAAUAGAGAGAUUAAAGAAUAAUGAGGGGGUUUGGGUUGAGGAAGCUCAAGACAUUAAAGGCUUGGCUAUGGCGUAUUUUGAGCAGUUGUUUUCUUAA